GGCUUGAUUAGUUUGUCCACGAGGUGGUCUAAUGCACCAUUUCAUCGUGCAAUACCUGUGAUGAAGAUCACUUCAUCUGCUGUUCAAAUUCUUUGAGAGUGGAACCCGAGUAAUAGGAAUAGAAGACAAUGGCAGCAGUAACAGACAAAGUUCUUUCCUGGUUGUGCCGAGGGGGAAACUCGUCGACGACGAACUUUUCAAUAAUUCUUCAUCCUCAGGAACAUAUAGGACACCUAAUACAUGUUCAACGGACAUUGUUCUCUUCAGCAUUAACUUGGUAUUCUGUAUAUUAACUUCACUAGUUUUCUUUUUCGUACGACUAUGUAACAUCUCACGUACGACUGAUCAUGACUACAUCAUCCGUUACCCAGGGCAUGUGAUCCGUUGGUUGCUUUACAUACUCUAUAUCCUCAUCUGUCUGACGAUGCUCGGAGAAGGUAUAUUAACCUCUAAUCAACAUCACUUUGGAGCUCCACCGAUUAUGUACAUCUCACCAUUAGCUGCACUCCUGGCCUCUAUCUUUGUAAUGUUAUAUUAUUAUUACAUGGAGUAUUGGGAUCUACCUGGAAUGUGGCCUUUACAGUUGUUGUAUUGGGUUUCCCUCCUCAUCGUGGAGUGCUUCAGAGCUUUUGAUUUUUAUCGCGACGACAUUACAUCACGUGACAUGAUCUGGGUGGUCAAUAAGUCAAUGAUAGCUGUGGAUGGAACGAUGUGUUUAAUCGAGAUAUAUCUCCUGAUCAAGAAGAUGAAUCGGGAACUGUUGUCCUUCUGGGAAAAGGGCGUGCUAAUGAGGGCGCUGUUCUAGUUAGAGAUUCUGUGAAAGACGAGUUAAAGUUCUUGCCAUCAGAGGGAUGGACAUUCAAGAAUUCGAAAGUUGCUUGUCGACAGCUUGGAUUUAUGCAUGGGUUCAUAAGACCUUUCAAUAUGUCAGUCCACUUGGAUGACAGAAAUUUGCCACCAGUAAGAAGACAUCUCUAUGAUUGCGAAGGAAGUGAAUCAACCCUUGAACACUGUGCAAGAAGAAAUUUUAACAGCAACUACACACCUUCUGUCGCCGGGGUGUUGUGUUCAGACGAUGGAGGUACAUUAUUGCAGUUCCCCAUCUUGAACGGAGACAACAAAAUACUUCGGAUCGCCAAGAAUGUUGAUAAUCCUCAGUGGUUAAUUCUAUGCACCCAACGAGAUUCUCAUCUGGCUCAUCUAGCUUGUCAGCAAACAGGGAGGCUAUUUGCUCUUCGUGAUGGACUCGACCAACCACCUGGAAACAUUCUGUUAGCGGUGGAGAAUGAACCCUGUAACGAUCCAGUGAUACAGGCUUGUAACGUCACAACACACCUCGUUGAACAUGCUAAUUGUUCCGAUUAUGGAGUAAUACCUGUUUUGUGCAGUGAUAAGAUGGGUUAUCGUCUCUUCGGCCAUCUCGUCAACGUAUGUGAAGAAGACCUUUGUCAGAGUUUUCCGCACAAUUCAAGUAACGGAAGACGUUCUUGUUAUUGUGACUCUCUUUGUGAAUUUUACGGGGACUGUUGUUUUGAUUAUGUGACAGAAUGUAUCUAUGGCUUUAAUUCAUCAACAGUUUUGUAUGAACAAGGAUAUUCGAAGGAGAUGUGGUGUACUUCCAAUGAUAUUCGACCUGACAUACGGUCUUUAGGGCAUGAAGGGAUUGAGGGACCUCAAUUACAAUGCAUAGAGAUCUUUAUGAUUUCAGACUGGAGUAUCAAGUUAAUUGAAAUUCAUCAUUAUUUGCUUGUUGCGAAGUGUCAUAGGGACUGGUCAGGCGAUAAUAACAUAUUAAACAACUGUGAAAAAGAGUGGAUACCUGGAAUACCCGAACGAGCAUUGAUACCACAUUAUUAUGUGGUUGUACAUGACAUUAUGUGCUAA